UGAGAAACAAAAUGGAUCGUAAAUUCUAACAAACUAUGAUACUUUAUUCAUUAAAAAAAGCUUGAAUCAAGCUCAGCCAAUCAAACCACAUAAUAAAUUCUGAACAACCAUUGCUUUCAUAGUUUUCUUUUCAUUCUUCCAUUGCUAUCAUUGCGAAGGAAUUUUAAGCUUUUCAAUCACAAUGCAUUUUUCCUCCAUGCAACUGACUAGAAAGCUUCCUUGCUUCAAUUUUGGGACAUUUUUCCUCUGAAUUAGCCUUAAUGGAUCCGAACUUGAUCUGGGGUUAUCCUGAAAAGAGGGAUUCAUGGAGGACAAUUUUCACUUUGGCUUAUCAGGGUUUGGGGGUUGUUUAUGGGGAUUUGAGCACUUCUCCGCUGUAUGUGUACAAAAGCACUUUUGCAGAAAACCUUCAGCACUCUGAGACGAAUGAGGAGGUUUAUGGGGUUCUUUGCUUUGUGUUUUGGACUUUGACACUUAUCCCUUUACUUAAAUAUGUGUUCAUAGUUCUUAAAGCUGAUGAUAAUGGCGAAGGGGGAACUUUUGCUCUGUAUUCACUGCUCUGCCGCCAUGCUCGCCUUAGCUCCCUUCCAAAUCACCAGCUUGCAGAUGAGGAGCUUUCUGCUUAUAAAAGAGAUACACCUGAACCCACUAGUAAUUUUAGUUUCAGUUCUUGUUUGAAAGCAACUCUGGAGAAAUGUAAAGUUUUGCAGAGAAUCUUGCUUGUUCUUGCCUUGAUUGGGACUUGCAUGGUUAUCGGUGAUGGAGUUCUCACACCAGCAAUUUCAGUCUUUUCAGCUGUGUCAGGGGUUGAGUUAUCCAUGGCUAAGGAACAUCACCAAUAUAUUAAAGUCCCUCUGGCAUGUGCCAUUUUGGUAUUCUUGUUUGCAUUGCAACAUUACGGCACACAUCGGGUCGGGUUCCUGUUUGCUCCAGUUGUAAUUGUAUGGCUUCUAUGCAUCAGUGCCAUUGGUUUGUACAAUAUCUUCUAUUGGAAUCCUCUUGUUUACAAAGCACUCUCCCCAUAUUACAUGUAUAAGUUCUUGAAAAAAACCAAAAAGCAAGGUUGGAUGGCGUUGGGCGGAGUCCUCUUGUGUAUAACGGGCUCGGAAGCAAUGUUUGCUGAUCUUGGACACUUUUCACCUUUUUCUAUCAAGCUUGCUUUCACUUUUGUGGUUUAUCCAUCCUUAGUUCUUGCAUAUAUGGGACAAGCUGCUUAUCUUUCUAAGCAUCACAAUCUCGACAACGAUUAUCGAAUCGGAUUCUAUGUUUCUGUUCCUGAGAAAGUAAGAUGGCCUGUUCUUGCAAUAGCAAUACUUGCAGCAGUUGUGGGCAGUCAAGCAAUCAUCACGGGCACGUUUUCGAUCAUCAAACAAUGUUCUUCUUUGGGUUGUUUUCCAAGAGUAAAGAUCGUUCAUACGUCUUCGAAAAUACAUGGCCAGAUUUACAUUCCCCUCAUCAACUGGAUACUAAUGAUAUUAUGUUUAGCUGUUACCAUUGGAUUUCGAGAGACAGAACGCUUGGGCAAUGCAGCAGGGUUGGCAGUUAUUACCGUUAUGCUAGUCUCGACGUGUCUAAUGUCACUUGUUAUUGUGUUAUGUUGGCAUAAAAGUGUCUUCCUAGCCAUAGCCUUCCUAGUCUUCUUUGGCUCCAUAGAAGCUCUCUACUUUUCUGCCUCUCUUAUGAAGUUCUUUGAAGGGGCUUGGGUUCCUAUUGCACUUUCACUGACAUUCCUUGUGGUUAUGUAUGUUUGGCACUAUGGCACUCUAAAGAAAUAUGAGGCUGAUGUUGAAAACAAAGUCCCUAUAAAUUGGCUCCUCGGUAUAGGUCCCAAAAUCGGGAUCGUUCGGGUUCGGGGGAUCGGCCUUGUACAUACCGAACUCGUUUCAGGGAUCCCUUCCAUUUUCUCUCAUUUUGUCACAAACGUUCCAGCCUUCCACCAAAUUCUAGUCUUCCUCUGCAUCAAAUCUGUCACAAUGCCUCAUGUGAGACCUGAGGAAAGGUUCUUGGUAGGAAGAGUUGGGCCAAAAGAGUAUCGACUCUACCGCUGCAUUGCACGAUAUGGCUACCGUGAUGUGCACAAGGACGACUUGGAAUUCGAGAGAGACCUCACCUGCAGCAUUGCAGAAUUCAUCCGAUCCGAGAAAACAGAAUGCAACACUUCCAGACACGAGGACUUGGAUGACAAUGACGACAACGAAAGAAUGAGAGUGAUUGGGACUUCAUCAACUCAACUAAACGGUAUACGAAUGUGUGAAAACGAAUCGUGUUCUUUGCCGAUCGUCAGCAGUUCAGAGAUAAGGUCGGAGAGGUUGAGGAAGAAAAGAGUAAGAUUCGUUCUACCCGAAAGUACGAAAAUGGAUGUCGAUACAAGGAGAGAACUGCAAGAGUUGAUGGAAGCAAGGGAGGCAGGAAUGGCAUUCAUAAUGGGACAUUCAUAUGUGAAGGCAAAGAAAGGAUCAGGUUGGAUGAAGAAGGUUGUGCUUAAUUAUGGGUAUGAUUUCUUGAGGAAAAACUCAAGAGGCCCAUCUUAUGCUUUGAGUAUUCCCAACGCUUCUACUCUUGAGGUUGGUAUGGUUUAUUAUGUUUAAAAAAUUGUAAUUUUUGGUAUUUUUUAAAUCGGAAACAAUUAUG